AUGGACGGUGGUCAUCCGUCGGCCUGUGUGUUGAUGGAUCGUAGUGGUGGGUUGGUUACUCUGCCCUAUGACUUGACUCAGUCCUUCUGUCGCUUUGUAGCGCGUAAUAAGAUCACUAAGCUGAAGCGCUACUUCUUGGGCCAGGUCUUCCGUGAAGACCAG